AUGAGCUGCCUCGGAAAUAUCUUGAGAAUGACCAAGAGAGUCAAGGAGUUGAUGAUUCAAACAAGAGGCAUGGAUAGUUUCGAUGAGGUGCUUCAGGCUAUCCGGACGAUGGAGAGGCUUCAAGUUCUGGGGCUGCAAUUCCCUCACAGUCAAGCUCCCUUACCCUUGUCUCCACUCUUUGAAUGCUUUUCAAAGCUGAGGGAGUUGCAUCUCCGAGGCAAGUGGUAUGGACUGCAUGGACAGGCAGGAUACACAGGACUCGAAGCUGAUCAGGAGGCAGAAGUCGCGGAUGGCGGAGAGGAGGGAGAAGGCGCUUGGCAAGUCAAGAAGCUCACGGUUUGCCGGACUGACAUAGGCAUCGCGGAAUUGUGCCCCAUCUUGGAGUCAAUUUUAAUCGAACAUGUCCCGCAAGAGUACGUCCAGGAUGAACUCCCGACGUUCCAAGUUAUCGCUGACUGCACCACCCUGAAGGCGCUAGGAUUUUGCCCUUUAGUGGAUGAAGCGGACAUGGCAAACUUGGAAACGUUCAUGGGAAGUUUGGCAACGGUCGAAAAGCUGAGUGGCUUUCCGUUGUGGUGGUCGACUCAGGCUGAGAUGCUGACGACAGGUCAAGAACAGAUCCCCGAGGCCGAGCUGGAGGAGGAAGGCGAGGAGGAUGAGGAGGAUGAUGAUGCAGAUGCUGGAGACGAUGAGACGGAAGAAAUUGCCGGACCCUUCAUUGUCCUCAGCAAUUUCUUUGCCAUGCCCAGGCUCAAGGAGCUUGAGGUGACCGUUUCCGCUCUCACGUUGGAUCAAGAAGAGCGCUUUGCAUCUCGGUUGUUUUUCCAACGGCCAAUGCUUGAGCGGCUUCUGCUUCCGACUGAGAUGCAUAUACCCCUGGAGUCACUGCUGCAAGCCGAUUGGGUUUGCACCAACCUGACUGAGCUUCAGCUGGGAAUCUUCCCUCCAGAAGAUGAGGAUGAGUUUGACAAUAUGUGGCGGAACUUUUUCCUGCAAAUUGGCAGACUGACCCACAUCACCACUCUGCACAUCACCACCACCGACUUGGCCAAGGAGCAGGACUGCCUGGCUGGACUUAGACAUGCCCGAAACUUAAAAGAGCUCACUCUUUUGGAUGAGGGUAUGUGGACGUACGAUGAGCUCCGCGGCGUUUUGGCUGUGACGCCAGCGUUGGAAAAUCUAACCCUGUCUCCCUUGUCAGUGCACGAGCACUUGAAAAUCUUGGGAUGGAUGGGUGCGCUUGGUAAGGCACAUAUCUUGGCCAACCAGCCCUAA